AUGCACGACUUGAUCAUUGUAGGAGGAGGCCCUGUUGGUCUGUUCCUCGGUCUAAAUCUAGCACUCAAAGGCAUAAAAGUUCUCGUUAUCGAGAAGGCGGCAGAAAUCCCCCAAAGUCCCAGGGCACUCAUGAGGAACUUUCCCAUUGUCCUCAACGAAUUUGCCAAAGUCGGCAUAUUGGACGAGGUAACGGCUGCAGGAUUUAAGAAUACCGAGGGUCUGUGUUUCCGAACGCCGUAUAGUGGUACCAACAGAGUGCUGGCAAAGAUUCCGCCAGGGAGAUCCUCCAAAGGCUCAGUGGACUAUGGCGUCCAACUUGGCCAGGCAAAGCUCAGCUCUAUCAUGCUUCGUCACGCGUUGCAGUGUCCCAGCUUCUCUAUCCGGUACAAUACGCGUGUCGCCGGUGCAGAGACAGUCUCUGCGCCAUUCAUGGUCGCCUGUGACGGCGCCAACUCAGCCGUUCGCAAGGCGCUGCAGAUUCCCUUUGAGGGCUUCACGUGGAAAGAUUGGCAGUUCGUGGCCGUGAACAUCCACUACGACUUUUCCAAGUACGGCUACCCUGCAGCAAACCACAUAAUCGACCCUGAGGAUUGGGCCGUUAUUGUACGGGCCAGCAAUGAGAAGGAGGGCCUGUGGCGUGUUGCUCUGGGAAUCCCGCCAGACCUGAAGCCAGCCAACGUCGAGCCGAGUGUUAUCGCGAAGUUGGAGCGGUUGAUGCCUGGUCCGAGGCCACUAGACUACAAGAUUGAUGCGAUUAAUCCCUACUGGGCUCACGAAAAAGUGGCACAAUCGUUUCGGUCGGGGAGGGUUGUGCUGUGUGGCGAUGCUGCUCACUUAAACAAUCCUCUCACGGCCCUUGGUCUAACCACAGGCCUCGUAGAUGCCGCUGUCCUCGCCCGUGUUAUUCCUCUGGUUCUUCUACCCGAGAACAUGACAUCUACAAAAUGGCCGAAACUUCUGGAUCAAUACGCCACAGUUCGGCGCAAAGACUUUGUUCAGCGUGUACAGAAGCAAGCCAUCGAUGGGAAGAAGCGAAUCCACUCCUUGGAUCCCAAGGUUGUCCAUGAGAGGGAUGACUUCUUUAACAUGUUGAACAAGAGUCCAGGUUUCGCCAACUUUAUAGCCUCGCUUAUGAUGGAACCCCUAGCAGAGGACCUUUGGCCUUCUCCGCUAACGGACAGGCCUUACUAUAGAUCAGCGUUAUCUUGGGCAGCGGGUAAUGGCCACGAUGGUGUUGUGGAACGUCUAAUCCGUGGCUUAUCGAUUGGUCCUCGGUCCUUGAGAAUCGUCCUUCGGCAAGGGGCCAAGAUCAACGAGUUGGACUCGGAUAACCGAACGCCCCUUACUUAUGCUAUCUGGAAUGGAUACAUAUCGGUCGUUCGCCGUUUGGUCGAAGCUGGCGCGUGGGUUGAUAUUCCCGAUGUCUUGGGAGGAACACCGACAUCGUACGCAUUCACAAGCGGAUAUUCUGAGAUAGGAAAUCUGGUCCUACGAAGAGAUUUUCUCAGCAACGCAGAGCAUAAACAGGGUGAGAGGCUUCUACUGUCCGCAUCAAAGUACGGCCACAUUCAUGUGGUGAGAGUGCUUCUAGAAGCAAGGAACACAAACCUCAAUCUCAAGGAUGGUGAAGGCUAG